AUGUCUACAGCAACUCAUCGCGUCAACCGCGCCUCGUUCUUUCAAGCAAUGAUGGCGGUGCAAGAUAAACUGUGGCGGGUAUGGAUGAAGGUUGGCCCCACCUUUGCGCUCAGCGUCAUGCGGCCCUGGGAACAACUCUUCGCCCCGCUCCUCCUCACAUCCAUCGCAGCAGUAGCCGCAGUCAUGGCUGCCAAACUCACAGCAUACACAGCAGACUCCCUCUACAAUCUUGCCGUUUCGGCAGCGACUGUGAUUGUGCACAUCAGUCGAUUCGAGGCCCACGCAAACUUGUCCAAAUCCUUCCGCGACGACGCUGCUCCAUGGAUCAUCCUCCAAUCUCGGUCCUGA